AUGUCCAGUCCUACUCCAGCCAUUGCCGCCCUUCCCAACCUCUUGCCAUCACCCGAGGAGCAUAUCUGCUACCGGUACUUUGUGCGUUUCAACCCGCACGAGUACUACUAUGUGGAGCAUACUCCGGAAACUCUCUCUGAGAUGUUUCACAAGAUUUUCAAUCUCUUGUUUCCCAACAUGCGUCGCCUUCGUGACCAGCGCCUCAUCGAUUCUAGAAUUGGGGCCUACAUCCAUGGCUUUCUCACUCGCUGGCACGACACUCUGCCUCCCAGGCUUAGAGUCCUGGGUUGGAACCAGCUCAUCGCUCGUGUCCCCACUGAGACAUGGCCUUCUCAUGGCCUACCAUGCCUAACAGUCGGGUUACCCUUCCCUGGUGAACCCAGCUUUGUUAUGACGUCUCCGCCCCUACCUCUCAUUCAUUAUCUCCUGCAGCAGGAGGUUUUGGAAUCUGAGGACAUCCUUUGUACCCCACUGAUCGACGAAGAGGCCUUCCCGGGUGUCGUUUUUCCAUGGUACCCGACUCCUCUUCCAGAUGAUGUCGAUGAGCUCGCUUCUGAGCAGGGGUCCCCUAUUCCUCAGCCUUGUCGCCGCUGUGGUGCCCAACCCAGUGCACCAGUGACUUCAAAUUUUAGCCCACUCUCUAAUGGGCAGACUCUUACUCUGGCGCUGGCGCUCCCUUUUUCUCCUUGUCCGGCUGGUCCUCCUGCUGGGCCUUCAACCCCAGCUCCUCCUCGUACUCCUGCGCCUCGCCUUCCUUCGACUCCAGCGCCUCCACCUUAUCGGCUUCCCAUGCCUCCACUGUCACAUCCUCCCCCAGCUUUUGAGUCUCAGCCUCCUGCUGUGCAUCACAGUCACCACCACUUGGUGGCCUCUAUUCACGACCUGCAGCAGACGUUGAGGGUUCCAGCCUCAACUCCCGGGACUGCUCUGCCUUCAGCUGCGACUUUCCUCGAUCUCAACCAUCGGGUUACUGCCAGUCUUCCAGUGCCGCCUACUCCGCCGACUCCUGACCCUAGGCGUCAACCUCAACCUCAGAGUCCACUACCCCCAGACUCAAGACUUCCUCAGCCCGGGUUCUCAUCGUUUUCUACCCCCGUGCGCCCUGCUCCGCAUACUGUGAUGUUGGGCCGUACUCCUCAAUGCCGGCCCCAUGCUCAAGUGAGCCCUCCCCUGCCUCCGGUUGUUGGAGAUGGGGAGUUUUCCACAGUGCCCGUCCCUUCUGCUUUAAGGGGGACCGAUUCUACCCUGCAGCCUCAAGAGCCAUUAUUCUUCCCAAGUUCUGAGGAGGACGAUGGUCAUCGUCCUCCUUCUCGAUCUCCUCCGCCUCCGUCUGACUUUGGUGGUGCUGGCGAUCUCUUUGACGAUAUUCCUGUCAUUGAGGAAGCUUGGGCACCUUUGCCCGAGCUUGUUUAUGAUGCUGUUUCUGGCGACCUCAUCGCCAAUCAUGACUUUGACAUGGGAUCUCCUGUUGUGGAGGUUCCCAAAUGUACUACUCAUAGCAAGGGCAAAGGGAAGGCCGGUGCCUCUCCUUCCAAGAGGAAAAAGCCUGUCCGGAAGACCAAGGCUCCACCAGCAACUCCUCCUCAGGCUGAGGAGUCCGUUCGUUCUCCUCCCCCUUUUGUGCGUGUUUGUACGUCUACUCUCCACCAUACCAUCGCCUCUCCGAGCCCCAUGCCUGCGGCUGGGCCUUCUCAUCUAGCCAAGUGCAAGAAGCCGCUCCAGGCUGCUAGGGCUUCGCCUCCACCGGUGGAGGCUUCUCCUCAUGUUCCUCUUACACGCUCGCGUGCCGCUGCUACCAGGGCAGCCAUUCUUCCUCCUGUCAUCGAGCUCCCUGAGGAGUCAGAAUCGGGCUCCGACGAUGAUGCGCCUCCCAAGAAGAAACGCAGGAUCUCCAACACCAAGCAAGAGAAGAAGAAGCAGGUCUCAUGUGAAAAGGGGAAGGCCAAAAACGAGCCUGGUGCUGGGUCUGGGGUUGCUAUCGGCUGCCACUCUACUAGCCGCUCGGAGCUCGAAGCCUUAACCUUUGAGGAUAUUCACGAGGGCCCCGCUGCCUUCUUCAAGCCCAUCCAGUACAGUGACAAGAAUGGCACCUUUGGUGCACGCUCGGAUCCCUUUCCUUAUUUCGCGUGGGUUCCUGAUGUUUCUGGCGACUGCAUUCCCUGCUCGACUAGGGAUCUCAACUGUACCUGGACGAACCAAUUCCCAGGUGCAUCCUGUGAUCAGUGCACCUGUAGUCACCAUGGCAGGUGUUCUGCUCGAUACACCACUCAAGAAAUGAACAAGGUGUCUUCUAAGCUCGCCAAGUAUGUGAGAUACAACGUCGGUUCAAUGGAGUCUGAUCUCAAGGAGCUCCAUGCGCUAAACCACGACCUGGAGCACCUCGAUGUGCUCAUGCGACACAACUUCCUGAGGCACGACCACCUGAUCCAGCAGCUUGCCGACUCUCUUGACCAAAUCGCUGGCCAUGAGAACGGUAAUGCCAUCAUCGAAGGUCUGGCUUCUGCCUACGAGGAAGUCUCUAGCUUCAUCAUCAAUGAUGGUAUCCGUCGCUCCCUCAGUCGUCCUCUUAACUUGCCAAAGCCUGGCGAGUCUUCUCGUUCUGCGGCUGGUUCUAAGUCGAAGUCUCCUAUCAAGGGUGACGAGUCCGAGGAGGAUUUAGAUCCUAGCGGCUCUUCUGCUAGCAGCAGUGGUAGCAGCAGCUCCAGUGAUUGA